UCAUUUGGUCGCCGUGUGCCAUGGAGUGCGCCUGCUUUUAAACGCUAACAGCUACGAGUACACUAGUGGUCGUGGGAACGUUUGAAAUAGUCGGCACGCAUAUGUUUUUUCAUUUAGUAUCGCACAAUGUUGCUAAAAUUGUAUUACUCGUUUAACAAAGCAAAAGUUCGAGUAUCGAUUUGCUGACGCAGCUUAGUGACCAAAGAACUUUACGUGAAUUUGUGCUAAAUUUCUCGAAUAAAAAUAUUAAAUUUUAACUGCGUUGUUUACCCGUUAUUCAUUAUGUUGAAAUAGUGCUAAGUAGUUACUCGAAGUGUUAAAACCUGCGUGGUAAAGAGCUGUCAAAAAUUAUGAAAUUUGACACCCAACCCAAUGCCACAAAUCCAGAGCACCUCCCUCCAAACUCGCCUAAGGCAGAAAUUCACCCCACUCCCAACGCAGAAACCAAUAACGAAAACAACAACAUCCUUGUUACUGAUACAGGCAACGAGACACCUGCAACUCUUGCAGAAUCGGACUUAAAAAACAGCAGCUCAAUAGUCCGCAACCAAAAUUUCUCUUUCGCCAGCACCUAUCGACCUCAGCCACAUGUCAGCAGCCUUAAUAGUCGUUUCGGCAGCCCUCAACCGAUAAAUACGAGUCUAUAUCCACACAAGCCUAUUGCAUCCUUCACCGUACUCAACAACGACGACCUGUCCAGCCAAUUGGACAGUUGUAAGCCAAACGCAAUUGUGCGCCCGAUACGUCGUUACGAGCAGCGGGAUUCGGCGCUGCCCUUUCGCCAGAAUGUUGCAACUGAUGAAGAAACGCUGUGGUCCCUACAGCAAUCUCAUCGUCAAAAGAAUCGUUUCUCUUCCUCCACCAUGUCGAACAAAAUGACGCAUUUGCCCUCGGGAAGGUCAAACGACGAAGAGAUUGAAAAGUUGAGAGAGGAAUUGAAUCGGAAGCUACGUAGUCUGCAUUUAACAACAGCUCCAGAUGUGUGGACCAAGUCCAGACAAUCUUCAAAUACAAGUCAGCAAGACCACGUGAUUAAACGUCCACUCUUCAUAACAACGGUACCAACUGGUAUAUUCUUGCCACCCCCAAAAGAGCCACCCAUUCCAUGGUUUCUAAGACCGCACGUCUAUGCAUAUUCUUCACAUCCUGUGGUGUUGGCCAGCAACGACGUCGUCACAUCCGUCGCUAGCAAGGCCAAACCUCGUGACAGCUCCAUAGCGUCAACAACGAUAGCCGCCGACAAUAAGGCGGCAACACGGCCAACGUUGAAUAGUGCAAAUCCGAGUUCGAAUAUAAAUGGAAAUUUGGCUGCAACUGCGAUUUUAAAUGGCACACGGAGUGGUCAGUCGCCCCCUCGCUCUCGUUUGCCCUUAGCUGGUGGUGUACAUCUCACCAAACAACAAUUUCAGGAACAACUUCAACAGCGUCGCGCAAAAAGGAAAACUCUGAUCCCUUCGAUAAAGCAGCUGAACUGCGUCGACGCCACGCCUUACGGAAGCAAAAAGUUUGUCGAAAUCAACGCAACGUCCUUGGUACACCGCCACCAGUCAACGGACGACAACACGAAGUUAUUCAAACUGAGAAAUAUUUGGAAGAGUUGGUGCAACGUCCGCCAGAGCUCUCAGUAGAUACUCAGACCGAUUUGUUCCUCGAAAAACCACCAGAGCCACCUUACGUCCCGGCCAAAGUGGGCGUUGAUGCCGCCACCGAAAUCGGCGAAGGUGAACUUUUCCAUUUUGAUGCCGAGGCUCAACCGAUUAUCGAUAUACUUGUGGAUGCGUGCAUCGAGCAAAGCAUGUUGGAAGUGGCACACGAACGGGAGAUUGCAGCGCUCCGCCAGAAACAAGCCGAAUUCCUUGCUCAACGGGAAGCCGAAUUGGCGGAACUACGACGCCUCGAAGCAGAGGAGUUACGCUUAAAGGCCGAAAAGGAGCGUCGCUUACAACAAGAUGCCAUCGCAAAGGAAUUGGAUGAAGAGAUGCAGAAGAGCGUGACAGCCGCCAAAUUAUUGCAGGGUCAUAUUGCUGGUUUAUUACCAGAAGUUUUGGACAACCUCGAACCGGCUACCGAUGCUGCAAAGAAAGAGCACCUCAUGAAGACCGUCGCACCGUGGUUGACUAACGAAGUUGCAGAAGAAGUGGGGCAUAUUGUAGACUCGCGUGAGAUACUCACAGCCAUCAUACAAGAGAUCAUUAAACAGCGCGCAACAGCUUAUGCUGAUUACAAGGAAGAAAUGCCGCUGGAAACCGUAAUAGAGCGUGGUGAAGAUAUAGUGGAAGAGGAAACGAAGGACGAGGCUCGCACUUGUGAAUCGAGCGAUAUCAGUAGUGAGCAAACGGAUAAAUGUGACGACUUAUCGAAGAAGAUGUGAUCAAUAGAAUUAGUUUAAUUUCUCAUGAUUGAUCAAUCUUUUUACUUUUUGUACAGACCAACUUAACUUUAAAUUACUAUACUUCAAUUACACAUACAUUUCUGCAAACAAACAUUUACAAAUUUUCGGAAUUACAUUAUUUUCGGAUGCGUAUGAUAUCUUUUAAGGUAUCUCAAAAAGAUUUCUGUACAAAGUGUAAUUGAAUAAAUUAUGCAAGCGGGUCAAAAAACAUGCAUACACACUUAUUUACAUAUCGUCAUCAUUAGUGCAAAAUCCUCUAUUUGAAUUUUGAAUGCGAUAUUUUAAAUAAUACUGCCUUGCAACCAUCUCCACUGUUGAUUUAACAAUUUUUUUUUGCUAUUAAAUUUUACCUUUGAAAUUUCAAACUUUUCAAUUAGAUUCUUUUGUGCUGAUGAUGACGACUUAUUUCGCAGACAACCAUCAACAUUAAAAUCAAGCAUUUAAUGUUGUUUUGAUGUUCAUGAUUGAAACUGUAGUCGACGAUCCUUACUUUGGCGAUGUAAGCAAUUAUGUACGUAUGUAUUUUGCAAUA